AGCAUUUGAUCGGGUCAGCAGCUCCUCUGCACAUGCACAGAGUGUUGCCAAAGCCAAGUACCAGUUUCUCUUCGGAAAGACAGAAGACGAAAGCUCAUCAGAUACUGUCGCCUCUCCAACCCAAGAGAAACAGGAAAGCGGCUCAGGUCUUGAGUCCUCUCUUGAUGACGAUGACAUUGACGAGACGUCGCUCUUCCAGGAAAUUGACAGGGAGCUGUCAAACCUAUUGAGCGGCCUGACCGCUCGGAGUCAGCAUGCUGCGGCCGAAGAGGACUCGACGUCAGGAGACGCCGCUGCCGCCUCACCCAUGAUCCCCUGCAACGGGCAAAACGAAACCCUGCCGUCACAACUGGAUAUGGCCAAGCAGGGCCUGGACAUUCAGAACGGCCAGUCCGAGUUAGCAGGAGACUCCCUGCUGUUUGACUCGUGGUGCGAGGCGCUCAUAAAGGACCCCAGCUCAGUUAUGGCGGCCGCAAACGAGCUGAGCUGCUUCAGCUCUGGGCCCAGUCGAGACCCCAGGAAUGCACCGGCCAGCCAAAAUAAACCUGACGCCAGCUCAACUCGAGCUGCAGCACAUGUGGAGCAGCCCUCAGAGGUGCCCUCCCAAGAAAACGCUGGAAAGGAGAUGGAGGGCAAGAGGGUCGAGUCACCCUCGCCCAGUAGGAUGGACGACGACCCCACGGCAGAACUGGUGGAUGAGUCUCUAGAGGAAUCCAAUAAAAUUCUGGCCGAGAUCCCGGGCAUCUUCAGCGUCUUUCUGGAGGGGGGCAAACUGCGGGACAAGCCGCCGAAGAAGCUGCGGUUUGUGGAGAGCAGGGAGAGCCCCGUGAACGGAGAGAUGCAGAACGGAACGUACCAGAGCUGCAGCGUGAAAGAGGAAGUGACUCUGGACGCGCAGCAUACAGAAGCCACAGGAGUGCCACAGGGGCGUGUGCUGAGACCCGAUCACAAUCCAGCAGAGAACGGCUCAGACAGGAGUCCUGCUGCAGGUGAGAGUGACGCCACAGAUGUCUUCAGCUGCCAGUUUGAGAUCAUCCUGGAGUCGGAGCGUCUGCGGGGGACUCUCUACAGUAGCAUGGACAAUCUGUCCAACCCUGCACCUGAACCCAGCUCUCACAGCGCCCCAGAAGCCUCGUUUGCCUUCGACAUCCCCCUCACUCCCAUGAUUCAGCAGCGACUCAAAGACAGAAGUCUGUUCCUGAGCUCGGACGCUGAGGUGCUGAGCGUCACCGCCACAGAGCAGAGCGGCAGGGCAGCUCUAGAGGUGACCUCUUCGUUUCUCUCAGCGGGCUGCGAGGAUGCGGGAGCAGCUCUAGCAAACGGUUUAAACGACAAGGACCCCAGAGACUGGCUGCAGGGCUGUUUAAGCAGCGAUGCAGGGCUAAAUGACAUGCUGUCAGACUGGGACUCAGACAUGGAUGGUGUGGAGUGUCUUAAGGACACAGAUGUUCUCCACAAUGGCAGCCGAAGCGACCAGGAAGCUGCCCGACGUCUGGCCAGACGGCUCUACCACCUGGAAGGCUUCCGGCGCUCGGAUGUCGCCAAACAUCUGGGCAAGAAUAAUGACUUCAGUAAGAUGGUUGCAGAAGAGUACCUCAAAUUCUUUGAGUUUACAGACAUGACAUUGGACCAAUCACUCAGAUGUUUUCUGAAAGCAUUCUCACUAAUGGGCGAGACUCAGGAGAGAGAGCGGGUGUUAAUUCAUUUCUCUAAUCGGUACUAUCAGUGUAAUCCCACCGUCUUCACUGCACAAGAUGGAGUUCAUUGCCUUACCUGUGCGCUAAUGCUGCUCAACACUGACCUUCAUGGCCCAAAUAUUGGGAAGAAGAUGACGUGCCAGGAAUUCAUCAAUAAUCUGGAUGGACUCAAUGGAGGACAAGAUUUCCCCCGGGAGCUGCUGAAGUCGUUGUAUAACUCCAUCAAGAAUGAGAAGCUGGAAUGGGCAGUUGAUGGAGAUGAGCUGAAGAAGUCUCUGUCUGAGCUGGCGGAUAAGAACCAUCACUCUCACACUAAGAGCAUCAGUCGCAUCAGCAGCAGCAGUAACCCGUUCCUGGACAUUGCCCAUGACCCCAACGCUGCUGUCUACAAAACUGGCUUCCUGGCCCGCAAAAUCCACGCUGACAUGGACGGGAAGAAAACACCGAGAGGGAAACGCGGCUGGAAAACCUUCUAUGCUGUUCUGAAAGGCAUGAUCCUCUAUUUGCAGAAGGAUGAGUAUAAGCCGGAGAAGGCCCUGUCAGAGGACGACCUGAAGAACGCCAUCAGCGUGCAUCAUGCUCUCGCCAUCAAGGCGAUGGACUACGAGAAGAAGCCCAAUGUUCUCAAACUCAAGACUGCUGACUGGAGAGUGUUCCUCUUCCAGGCCCAGAGCCCUGAGGAAAUGGAGUCCUGGAUCAGAAUAAUCAACUCGGUGGCGGCCAUGUUUUCCGCCCCAUCCUUCCCCGCCGCCAUCGGCUCUCAGAAGAAAUUCAGCCGUCCGCUGCUGCCGGCGACCACCACCCGCAUGUCUCAGGAAGAGCAGCUCAAGUCCCACGAGGCCAAGCUGAAGCACGUCUCUACAGAAUUAGCCGAGCACAGAUCCUACCCGCCGGAUAAGAAGGUCAAAGCCAAAGAGGUCGAUGAGUACCGCUUGAAAGAGCACUACCUGGAUUUUGAGGAGAGCCGUUACGAGAUGUACGUCAAGCUCCUGAAAGAGGGUGUGAGAGAGCUCUUGACGUCCCGGGACGGUGACGCAGCGCUGAAGAAGUCUCAGUCCAGCCCAUCUCUCAACCAGGAGUCCCAGCCGGCCGCUGCUAAAGUCAAGCGCAACACGUCCGAGCGGAAGGACUACCGGCCCGAAACACCCAAGAUCACAUAGACAGUCUCCUGCUUCCUCUCAGAGAGCCACUGUAUAAUAUUUGGAUGUCAUUUAUUUAUCUGCCGACAGUUGUAUCAGAAAACAUUUGUGUAAAAUGUAAAUUGAUCAAUUGAUUGGAAGCUGUAAAUCCCUAGGUCUCCCUUGUGGAGCAAAUAGUGUGGUUUUCUUUUGUAUUUGUUAGCGUGUAACGGUUUUGCGGUUGCACUUUAUUUUACAGUACAUGCGCUUGCAGAAAUGACUGAGUAACAUCAGGUAACUACAGCGGUUUAGGGUUAACACCUACUGUAGUUAUUACCCAGUUAUUGUAAUUGCUAAAGUGUGUACAUGCGCAACAGGACUGUAAAAUAAAGUGCCGCUGAUUUCGCUCUGAGAACAUGAAUGUCUCUUGAUUGUGCUGUUCCCCUAAAUUUGCUUUUCCUUCAAGAGAAGUGGAAACAUAUGCUCGGCAGUAGCUCAGAGCGAGUUAUUUUACUAGACUAAUAAACAGCAGAGAGAUGCAUGGGUAUGAUGCAGGAUUUAUCACGAUAGCCUUUCGUUUUUGUUGCGGAUGUAAUCCACGACCGAUGUACUAACCACCUUCACGCGCACAUUAAUGGAUCGUACCAGCAUGUCACAGCAAUGGACCCAGACUCUAAAGAGAUUAUUUUCUAAUGAUGAUUUCGAGGUACUUGCUGAGUUAUAGCAUUUCAGACUGCAAGAUUAGAUGAUGUUCAUGCUAACGUCAUCGGCUGCGCAGUUUGUGCCAUUUAUUUUUUUAUCUGUUUGUUGAAGUAAAGAGUAUACUUCUGCUUUUUCAGUAGUGUAAAUGCCAAUGCUCCUUUUGUGCAUUUUAUAAUCUUCUAUAUUUGAAUUUUUAAUUCUCAGUUCAGAACAUUAUUGUUGUAAAGAUGCCAGUAGUAUUUAUCGUGCACUUUAUUAGUUCUUCUGACUCUUUUAGAGAGCUUUAUAAAGGGUAGUGAUAUGUUACUUCAUUAUACAGGUUUUUCAAGCGUAACCAAAUCUGUGGUUGGUUUUAUUGAAGAUACAUUUUCACUCGUGUAAAGUCGUGUUAGUUUGUCUGUGCUCCUGUGUUUUUGCCGUCAUGUUUAGGUUGUUCGAAUGCAGAGGUUUCUAGAGGAAUUGAGAGCGUUUCAGUUACUUUUUUCGUGAUGCUUGCUAACCUUGAAUUUAAGAUUCAUUUUCAUUACAGAAACAAACGUCGUGAACACUAUAUGAACGUUCUACACUGUUUUUGCACACCAACAAAGCCGGAUCUAGUUACUUAUUUGAACUUUUGAAGGUUUCAAAGGAAUCUAUAUGAAAAGCUUUUCACAUUUACAGAUAUUAGUUUCAGUCCCUUCUCGAGUUCCCGUCUAUAACGACAUUUUGUUUACUUGAAGUAUUUUUAAGGACACUUUAUUUUAUGUUAGAAUUUGACAAAUAGAGAGGAUCAUAUCUACAUUGUGCUUUUGUGAUUACAAGCUCUUUCAGCAGACUUUAUAUUGUUGCUGCGUCUUGUUGUUUGUAUUUUUUCUCUCUCUGAAAUUGCAGGACGUAUUGUUUUUCUUGUCCGGUACUGAACACAGAAGCACUUAGAUGAUGUUUAUUUUUAUUUAUUUGUUGCAAAUUUUAGAACAAAAGUUGCAUUACUUUUAAGCAGUAUAUACACACUUAAUAAUGCAUACUACAAACUCAUUAGUAUGAAUGGUGAUAUGAAGAGAUCGACUCUUCCUUUUAUGUGCUACUAUGUUUCAUGUUGUUUGAUGUUCGCCGCUUUUCCAGACCGAACAUGUAACGCUGGCACUAACCCUUUAACAGUGCACGUCCUACACAGACAUAGUACUUUAAAAUAGUAAUUGCAUUUGUUAUUAUUUUUCAUAGGAUGCAGAAAACAAUAAAAUAAAAUAAAAAAGUCAGACGAAGUGUAACAUAAAGAUAUGGGCAUGCAAGUGCACUUUAGGGUUUCAAAAUAAAAACAAUAACAACUCAAAUGAAAAAUCAUCCAAAAGUGAGACGCCUAAUUUCAAGCUUUGAAAUGUCUUUCUUUGUCAUAACAAUAUUUUGACUGGAACACUCACUUUGUUUUUGACUUUUGUUUGUCGGUCUCCUGGGUGCAAAUCAUGAUUACAGUUUUCCUCCAGCCUUGUCAUCUUUGUGCGUUUACUUUGGCGAACCCUGUAAUGUAGGAUCUCCUCUCAAAAUGCAGUUGUGUGAGUACUGAAGGAGAGCAGCUGGUUUUAAUGCGCCUUAGCCAUCAGUUGGACCGUUUGCUGUCCAAACUCAGAUAUCGUGAAUACCUUUUUUUAGCUGUGAUCCUGUACUACUCCUUUAAAUCUGUAAUGUUGUUCAAUAUGCCUGUUGCCCUGUGUUCAGAAGACUGGAUGUGUUGGUUGUGAUCUCCUGGCAUGAGCGUGUCUUACGCCUGCCCUCAAAGAUCAGGGACACAAUGUUGGCUUCAGUGAAUAAAAUACUGUAUUUAAUCGUU